AUGGAGGUUCUGGAGAGCCUGGGCUGGAGGCCCUCACAUUCACAGCCAGGCCUCUCUCGCUGCUUCUUCCUGGCAGGCACUUGCCUGGUCCAGCACCUGAUGACCGUCCUGAUCCGCAAACACAGCCAGCUCUUCACCUCGAGGACCACAGAAGGGCCAGCCUCCCCACAUGGGGGCCCCCCGUGCACCGUGGGAUGGGGCCCGGAGGAGGUCACCAGGGACAGCCAGCCAGAGCCUGGCAGCCCCGGCGCCCCCGGCCUGCCCUCGCACAGGACCUCUUCUCUGGAUGGGGCCGCCGUGGCGGCGCUCUCCAGAACCUCUCCCACGGGCCUGGGGAGCCAACGCGGCCCUGCUGCCACCAGCCCUGGGAAGAAGGUGCAGACUCUGCCCAACUGGAGGUCCUCCUUCCGGCAGUCGGGGUCCCGGUCCGGGAGCCCGAAGGUGGGCAGCGCAUCCCUGGAGGUACCCAUUAUCUCCUCCGGAGGGAACUGGCUCAAGAACGGGAUGUCCUUCCUGCGCGGCCACCGCUGGGCCUCCUCGGGAGACCGGCUCAAGGACUCAGGCUCCGAGCAGAGACUCUCCACCUACGACAACGUGCCCCCAGCCAGCCUCUUCCCCAGCACGUCCAGCGGGGCCGGCACGCCGUGGUCUGGGGCCUCCUCCUACGAGGCCUCGGCCAGGGGCUCGGUCAGCAGCUGCACGGCCUGCCGGGCCAGCGACUCCUCCGCCUGCAGCUCCCUGCACACCGAGGGGGCCCUGGAGCCCUCCCCCGCCCCCAGCAGCAGUGAGGAGUGCAGACCCCUGGGCCCGGAGCGCGGCCUGGAUGGGGUGGGCACCUGCAUCAGCAGCAGCGAGCCCAGCGAGCCGGGCAGCCUGGCCCGGGAGCACGCCCGCCGCUCCGAGGCGCUCCAGGGCCUGGUCGCAGAGCUCAGGGCACAGCUGUGCCGGCAGAGGACUGAGUACGAGGCGAGUGUGCAAAGACUCGGAGAAGGUAGUGCCGACCUGAGGAAACGAAUGUCACGGCUACAAGAAGAGCUGGACCAGGAGAAGAAGAAGUACGCGAUGCUGGAAAUAAAGCUGCGGAACUCAGAGCGGGUGCGGGAGGACGCGGAGAAGAGGAACCAGCUGCUGCAGAAGGAAAUGGAGGACCUGACUAUUGGGGCCAAAGGUGCCAGAGCCCCAGAAUAAAGGAGUGGGGGGAACUCACUUUGUGCCUCGUGGCACACCCUCCCAUCGGCAGGGAGGAGGAGCCAGAGCCUCUGCAGCUGGGACCUGGGCCUCUGUGGCGCCCAGAGAUGCAGAGCUGGCUGGAGAGGGAAGUCCUGACACACACCACCGCACCCCUGGGAUGCUGGGGGGCACUGUCGGGAGCCUGAGCCCCACACGGGUUCUGGAUGCAGCUCUGACCAUGCAGGCUGGGGCAGGCAUCAGAGGGGACAGUCCUGUUGCCACUGAAACAGAUGACACCCAGGAUCCGAGCAGCCCCCU